AUGUCUAAACUCCGGGAGGUUAUUGAAUAUGUCCGUCAAAACUCGCCUUUCUAUGCCGAGCAGUGGCGGGACGUUGUUUUGCCUCAGGAGGCCAACAACGAUGACGAGCUUCUCCAAGCUUUGCCUCUCACUGAGCACAAGGCUUACUGGGAAGCAAACACCUACCGCGACAGUCGUGUGCUAACCGCGCACCAGGGGGACGGAAUCAUCUUCAAGACCGGAGGCACUACCGGCAGCCCAAAAGUCGCCUUCUAUACAAAACAAGAGCUGGAAGACCUCGGCUACAUGCUCGCCACCUGCCUGACCAGGUGUGGCGUGGUUUACGGAGACAGGAUCGCCAACCUGUUCUACGCCGGCGACCUCUACGGUAGCUUCCUGCUGCACAUCUACUCGGUGCACUUCCUGUCCGGCGGCGCCAUCCAGGUCCCCAUCGCCGGCCACGUCGGCAUCCCGACCAUGGUCGAGCACAUCACCGGGCUGCAGACCACCGUGCUGCUGGGCACCGUGACCACCAUGUGCAAGAUUGCCGACUACCUCCUGGAGACCGACGGGUCGGGACGACCGGUGCGCAGGGAGGCCGCCGAGAUCGCCGCCAAACACGUCAGGCUGCUCCUCUUCUCGGGAGAGGCCCUCUACCCGGACCAGAUUGGCGUCCUGGCCGCGGCUUUCCCCGUCGCCAGGAUCCGGUCCGUCGUCUACGGGUCCAUGGACUCGGGAAUCGUCGGGCUGGCGCCGCCACCGCUGCCCGACACGCCGCCUCCGGAGCCUGCUGCAAAGGAAGCCCCGUCGGUUGCUGGACAAGACAACAAGAGAACGGCCGUCAUGCUCCAGGACGCCACGGAUCAACGGGUGCACAAGGUCAACAGCGAGUGGGGGGUGAUUGUUCAAAUCAUCACCGAGGACGGGCGCGCGACGACGACGCCCGGAGAAGAGGGCAGCAUAGUGGUGACCAACACGGGCCGGCGGCUCAUGCCAGCCAUCAGAUACCCGUCCGGCGACCGUGGGGCCUGGGUCGAUCACAACCAGGGCCUGUUCAGGGUGCUGGGGCGAGAUCGGACGGCGGUCAGGAUUGGGCCCGUGUCGGUCGACUUUGUGCACCUCAGAGAUCUGGUCGGCGCGGUAAUGGGGCCAGGGAGGCCCGUGGCCGCGCUGCAGCUCAAGGUCGGUCGGCGCGACGCCAAAGACCAGCUGACGGUCCUGGUGGCGUACCGGCCCGGCAGCGACGAGGAGGGGGCGGUGCUGAAACGAAACAUAUCCGUUGCGUUGGACGAAGCCAGACCCAUGUUCAAGGGCCACGUCGAAGCUAACCUGAUUUGCCCCCUCGAGGUGGAGUUUGUCGAUAGCAGUGAGAUAGUCAUGUCGGAGAGAUCAGGGAAGAUUGUGGAUGUUAUUGACAUCCGGGCUACGAGUUGA